CAAAAACAAACAUUCCGACUAAAUUGGAAAAUGUCAAUGAAAUUUUUUCACAAGUACACAAAAUGUGAAAGCGAAAACCAAAAACACUGAAAGGUAGCAAAACCAAAAGACAAGUUCUUAAGAUAAAACGAGAAUAAAAAAAGUCUGUGAGAUAAAAAUAGAAGUAGUGAAAUGAAAUUGAAAACGGAAUUUCCGCGGCACUCGGACGUGACAGUGACGUGUCGAUAAUAUGAAAUAAAGCAAAAAAUACACAGUCCACAAUAGAAAACAGAGUAAAAGAAAUAAUGCAAAGUGGAAUAAUAAAAUCGAAGUAAACAAAAAGUAAUAAAACACAAAAACAACUGAGAUAAUCGCAAGCUUUCGUAGCAAAAACCAGCAGUGCAGCACAGGAAUCCACAAUAAAAGCAAAUAAAAAACCAAAAAAACCAAAUUACGAAAACACGAAGCAGCAACUGUGCGCUCAUACUGACCUCGAAAACUGCCAUUGACGCCAAAUACCAGAAGCACUAGAAGCUGACUGAAGGCUUUCACACCAAUAUCAGCACCACUUACCCUAGCAGCAAUAGUAAUAGUUUUUAGCGACUGCAGAACUGUGCCACGUCGCGUGCCACAAAAUGUAUUUCCGACGCCGAUGCCAUUGGCGAUGUUUUUCUAGCUUCGCCGCGGUUUGGCUCUUUUGGCUGACUUUUGUCAGCAUACAACAGAAUCGACUACAUGGCGAUGGCUGCUCGUGGGCUGCACAACAACAAAGCAAACAAAUAACCCACAACCAUUUGCCACUAAAACAGCUGCAAACGAGCAACAACUGCAAUGAGCAGCAGCUGACGAAAACCGCCGUCAUAGGAUUGCCAGUACUAAAACUGGGAGAAAAAAGCGAAAAGGCUACUAAAACAAGUGCAAUGGUGACAGUGACUACUACCCCGCGGCAAGUGGUGGGCGAUGUAGUGACAGAAGCAGCAGAAAUAAUGCCUACACAACUCGACAAGCAGCAGGAAAUGCCAGCCGCCGCGCCGUCGGAAGUUGACAGCGAAAGUGAUGAGCGCCUAGUGACCGAAGAGAAUAACAACGAAGUGCCAAUCACAAAGCCAUACGCAGAUAUCAAUGGGUCAAAUUCGAAGUCUACUCGUAGCAUAUCCGUGGCAAAGGAGGCAGGAAAUAUUGACAGUAGCAAAGUGAAUGCUACUAAAAGCAUUAACGAAGCCAAAGCAACAACGGCAACAAAGCAAAUGCAAACAAAGGAAGGAGAAGCGCCGCUGCAAAUGGCAGCGACCACAGUUACUAUAACGACACCAAUUCCCAGUGCUGGUCGCAAUUCAUUUACCACAGUCAGCAGCCAAGCAAAACGUUUGAUUGCGAGAAAUUUAAAGCAGUCGAAGAAUGUCGUCAACUCCGAUUAUUUGGCAUACGAUUUUAAAGCGAAUGUCGCAAAGUUAUUUGCAAAUGAUGCAGCAGCUGGGCGCAUGGCAAAUGCCAGCUAUGCCAGCAUCAAUGAUGAGUUUAAAAAUAAUAUUCGUAGUAGGGAAUUGCUGAGAAAAAUAGAGCGUGAAAGCAACAACAGCAGCAGCAGCAGCAGUAACGGCAACCAUAAUAACGAAAGCAAUGGCGUACAUAACAACAAACAAACAACAACAGCUACAACGCCGAACAACAGAAGCAACAAUAACAAAAAGAGUGUUAACCAAAAUCACAUUGAAAAUAAUUACAAUCCCAACAAUCUAAGCCCUGUCGAGCAGCCGCAUCCUUCGAGUGUUAGUGGUGCUAAGGCGGCUGCUGCUGUCGCCUUAAGUUCUAAUUUUGCUGUUGACACUAUUGUUGAACCAACAGCUGCUGGCAGUGGCAACACCAACCGUUAUAAUAGCAGUAAGAAUAACAACAAUAAGACCAACUUUCAUAAUAAGUACAACAAAGUGGUGCACACAAAUGAGCGUCGUCACAUUGUGCCCGAGAAGUUGCAAUACACCAAAGAGCUAAACAUCAAACAGGGACGUCUAAUGGGCAUCACCCGUAACUUUCAAUCGUCGACAGGUCUACGUGAUGUUGAUCAAUAUCUGGGCUUGCCAUAUGCUGAGGCGCCCGUAGGCAGUCGUCGCUUUAUGCCACCAGGUGCGCCAUUACCAUGGCAAGGAUUGAAAAUUGCACGUCAUUUACCACCCGUCUGCCCACAACAGCUGCCCGAUGUCACAGCGCACGGAAGUGUGAAAAUGUCACGCGGCCGUUACAAGCACUUGGCACGCCUACUGCCCUAUCUAAAGACGGAAAGCGAAGAUUGUCUUUAUCUGAAUUUGUAUGUACCACGUAGUGAUGGUGCUUUCGACUCAUCGUCCGCCUACGAUAUGGACUCAUCAGCAAAGCGUUUGCCGGUAAUGGUGUACGUGCACGGUGAAUCUUUUGAGUGGAAUAGUGGAAAUCCUUACGAUGGUUCAGUGCUUGCGAGCUAUGGUCAAGUCAUUGUUGUUACCAUCAAUUAUCGGCUUGGAGUGAUGGGCUUUCUGAAGCCCAGCAUUGACGAGAAUACUGUCGCGAAUUUCGGAUUACUCGAUCAAAUUGCCGCACUACAUUGGAUUAAGGAAAAUAUUGCCUCGUUCGGCGGCGACAAGGAUAGCGUUACGCUCAUGGGACACAGUACCGGCGCAGCCUGCGUGAAUUAUUUAAUGAUAUCGCCUGUUGCAUCCGGCCUUUUUCAUCGCGCAAUUCUCAUGUCGGGCUCAGCCAUGUCAGACUGGGCGGCCAGCAAUCAUUCGCUUCAACUCACAAUGCAAAUCGCACACACACUCAAUUGUCCUUUAAACGAUGACAAUGAGGAGAUGCUAUCCUGUUUGCGUCAAAAGCGCUAUCAGGAGAUCUUAAAAAUACCAACAUCAUUUCCCCAAUUUUCAACUUCAUUGGGUCCAAUUGUCGAUGGCCAUGUGAUACCAAAUCAACCAUAUAAAGUGAUGGGACAAUACACUGAACACUUCAGUCGAUAUGAUUUAUUAUUUGGGGUCACUGAGUCCGAAUCGUAUCACACACUGGGCGCAUUAGCACUCGACGAAGGAUUACGUGAAAAUGAGCGCGAUAAUUUAUUGCGUUUCUAUAUGCAGACACGAUUUGAUGUUCGACCCGAUCUAGCAUUGGCUGCCACGCUAAAAAAAUACGAGGAUAUGUACAACAAUCCCAUUAAGGCUACAAAUUUGGAGCAUCGCGAUGUGGUGCUCGAUAUACUCUCCGACGCACGUGUUGUAGGUCCAUUACUACAGACCGGCCUAUUUCAUGCCGAUGUGAAUCGCCGCAAUUAUAUGUAUGUCUUUGGGCACAAUAGCGCAACGGGCCCACAUGCUAGCUUGCCGCACAGCAUUACGGGCGAAGAGCUGGCCUUCAUUUUCGGCGCACCGCUUGCACCAGCCGGUCCCUUCCCUAGCAAUUCUUAUGGCGUACAGGAGAAACUACUCUCGGAAGCUGUCAUGACGUACUGGACGAAUUUUGCAAAAACGGGCAAUCCAAAGGCUCCAUGGAAAGGUAGCUUCAUUAAUUUGCAUGCUUUGGAAUGGGAUCGUUAUGAUCUCGAUUGGCCGGAAUUCAACAAACGUAGCCAAGCCUACAUGAAUAUCGGCAUACCACCAUCGAUUGGCUACAAGUACCGGCAUAUCUACAUGAAUUUCUGGAACAAAGAGCUACCCGAUGAACUGAAUCAAAUUGCGAACAUUCAACGGCAACCAUAUUUGCAUGCAACCGUCUACGAUGGAGCUGAUGGGGCUAUUGCAUCACAACGCCCACGUGACGGCACUGCCACCGCAAUGCACCGCACAUAUCCGUUGCAGCGGCAUGGCAUUGGUGGUGGCAGUGAAGUAAUAACCGGGCACAUGAGUCAAUUUGGCACACGUGAUAAUGGUGCCGAGGAUCCGGUACGCACACUGAAACUACUGCUUCAAGAGCCUUGGAAAUUAGGUGGUAGCAAUGAGGGAGCCAACGCAAACGGCGGAGGCGUUGUGGGCAUGGAUACGUUAGCAGAGAAUAUGUACAAUGCGCCACCAACGUUUGGCGUAACGAAGACUGCCGAUGAUGAACAACACUAUAGAAUGGCAGCAACGGGUGUAAUGGGUGGCGGCAUGAUUGCAGUCUCUGGUGGUGGUAGCGUUGGCGAUGGUGUAGCGGCAACAAAUGGCCUGGGUGGUUUUACUGGGCUCGGUGUUGGCACUGGCGUGGCAUUGGCUGGCGGCGGCAAUGCAAUUUAUGGUGUGCCAAAAACGGAAAUUACAGAAGAUGAAAGUGGUUUUGGUGAUGGCAGUGGCGGUAACGGUGGCGCAGGUGAUGAUGCAGGCAGUGCCGCUGGUGCUGUUGGUAACGCAGGCAAUAAAGAGGAAGUUGCCAAAUCAGAGACGACAAUACAAUUGCUCAUCGGACUGAUUGCUGUCUUCAUUGUGCUCAAUGUCAUCAUCUACUCCACCUUCCUGCUGCAGAAGAAGAAGAAAGCGCACAAUAUGCAACGCAAACUAGGCGGCAUACUCAGCUACGAUGGCACCACCGAUGAUGAGUUCAAGCGCUCGAAGCAAAAUGAUGGCGAUGACAGCUACAUUUUGGAUAUUGUGCGCAAAUCCAAUACAUACGAAGCAGUUAAGACGGAACGUUCACCCAUCAACGGCUUUCAAAUGACACGCCAACUAAGCACCUCCACCGUAGAUACACACACAAAGGUAUGCGCUUGGAUGUCUGCGGCAGCUGGCGCCGCUGCAGAGGUAAAGGCGUGUGCCAACGGCGGUACGGAUAGCUCUAAAAGUGGUUCGAAAAAAUCAUCCUCGCCCACUUUUUCCUCGCUACGCAGCAGCAGCGCUGGUGGCAGCUUUAAACAGCCCAAGGCGCCGCAAAAAGUUAGCGUUGCAGUGGAUGCCACACCACAGGCGCGUAGCAGUAGCAUAUUAGAGCAAGAGCCCAUCGAGGUGCUAAAACUGAAGGCCGAUGGGCGCAAUAUAAUCAUUUGCCAGGAAGUGGAGGUGGUUGAUCAGGAGCUGCUCACGCCACAAAACUCGCUGGACUCGUCGCGUUAUACGCUUGUGCGCCAACACUCAGCUGCCACCGAGCCAUGUGAGGCCGAAUUGCCACAACAGGGCCAGUUGCCGGUAUACAAACCAACGCCACAGCAUGCCCACUCACAUUCUGACCCGGUGGAUAUGCAGCAAUAUUAUAGCAAUAUUUGUGGUGCAACUGAGCGCGAUGAAAAGGUGACCAGUUUCGUGGAUGAGGACAUAAAUGUGACCAGUCGCGACGAUGAUGAAGUUUCUGCAGAUGCUUUAGCCGGUGUACGCCUAACACACGCGCAACAACUUCAAGUUAUUAAAAGUCGCAACUAUCCGAAAGUUUUACCUACAAUAAAAACAACACCUAACAGUGGUGUACCAUUGCAUACGAAUGCCGACGAUUCACCGCCCAUGACAUUGGACUUGCGCACCACCAACAAACGCAACUCACUGCCACCCAAUAGCUUUCUGCCACAUUUUAGCGGCACAACGGGUGCAAGUGGCAUUGUGGGUGGACGCUAUCCACCACUACCCCCACCACGCACCAUUUCCACGCUUGGACGUAAACCAUCGCAACGCCGUAAUAGCAAUAAUAUUACGACAUCACCGCUAAUGUUAGCGCACGACUGCACUGCGGAGGAAGAGGAAGAGCCGCCAAUCACGCAAAAUACGCUUAUUGUGGGACCCUUAAUACCGCAGCAGAAGCAGCUGGCGAUUGGCGCUGAGACAGGAGUUGGCGGUGCUGAUGCUAAUUACUCCACGUUACGGCGCAAUGGAGCAACCACAGCUGCGAAAGCGGUCUUUAAUAGCUUGUCAGGCAAUAGAGCGGAUGACGCAACAAGCAAAGCAAGAAAAACAACAACAACGACAACAGCUAUGCACAACAUAUCUGGCGCAUCAUUAACGCCAACCAGCACUCAAAUCGGCUCAAAGUCGGCGACUGCGACAGCUGGUGUGGCCGGCGUUACAACAUUCUUAAGUAGUGGCGGCUGUGCUGGCUUGCAAAGCUUCGAAAGUCGUCCGAUUUCCGUGAGCAAGGAAGACGAAUUGCAGCAACAACGAAGCGAACAACAACAACAACAUACACAUCACACUGAGCGCGUUUAUGCGAUACAACAGCCAACUAAUUUGCCACCCAUGCGAACAGGCAGCCAAGCAAUAGCGGGUGUAGCGACGCCACCAACAACAGCAGCAACAGCAACACCUACUACGUUAAUUACACCCACUUUAAUGAAUUUGACAGGCCAUCAAAGUGGUAGUGUACACAAUAAUAUGCUGCCUACUGGUAGCAGCAACAACAACAUCAACAAAAAUGUUGCUAUUAACGCUGGCAUCACUGACAUUUAUGCGCAACCCAACAAGUUGGCAAUUAAAGCAAAGGCAAAUUUGACAGCAUCCAAAUUGAAUGCGCCAACGGUUGAACAAUCUACAACAAAAGCAGCAAUCACGAAUCAUUCUACAACAACACUUCCGAAGUCACCUUCAAUAGGCGCAAUUCCAAUUGCUGCCGAUGAGGUAGCCAAAGCGAACCAGUUGACAAUAGCAACAGCACCAACAACAACACCAACUGCUGAAAUAACCUGCCGGUUGGGCGCAAAGGAAUUGACAAAUAGUGACAUCGACAAACAGGUGACAGCUAUGGGUGGCAUGCAAACAAUGGAUGCCAUGGCAGCAGCAGCAGCAGCAACUACAACAACGAAAACAACAAUUGCAGCUCACACGGCACAAACGGCAAAAUACAUUAGUGCUACAGUCGGAAAAGGAGGCGAUGUGGCAGCACUGCCACACAUGCCACAAGUGCUGAGAGAUGCUAGCGUUGGCAGUUUACAAGCACAAUUAGAAUCACAACAACAAGUACAACCGCAGCAAAAGGAAAUACCAGCAACGUUGAAAUCUAUACCAGCAGAAACAGAAACAACAAAAAUAACCGAAACAGCAGCAACGUUUACGCGCGUACCUGUCACUUGCAUGUCAGCUACACCGGCGACAACGACAACGACGCCAACAACAACGACGCCCAAUGCAACAAGAACAAUAGCAAAUGCCAUUGCCGCACAAUUAGCACAAACAAAGCCCUUAAAAGCGGCUUUGGCAUCUAGUAGGGCAGCUAUGGCAAAUACAACAUCGACGUUUGCUGGCAAUGACAGCAGGGCGGUAACAGCGCGCGAUUCCUGCCACAGCUCAGUGUCGGCAUGUUCAACAGGCUCUCGGACAUCCUCGACAUGCUCUACCUCUUCAGAAUCGACGACAUCCUCUAAUGCUUCAACGGCAACUGACACAUCUUCCAACUCCUCGUCAUCGUCCACGGGCACUGUACGCACGGAACUGCAACAAAAGUAA